AUGGCCCGGUACCCAAUGUCGACGCGCACCCUCUCCUUCGCCGUGCUUUUCUCCGCGUCACUAUGCAUCUCCUACGUUCUGUCGCAGAUCCGCAACACGACCAACACGGGCCCCACGCCCGUCGACUUUUCCGCGAGAAUAGUGGAAUUCGCCGCCGGAUACGACAAUGCCACCGACAUUUCAGGCGGUUCCCUUCUUCUGCCCAUUAACGACGGCUGGACUAACGCGCUCGCGGGCUACAAGACACUCAACCCGGCUGCGACAACCUCGUCGGACCCGGUUCUCGAGGCGCUCAGCACGGUGGUGUCCUCGUCGGGAUCCGUGUCGGCCCUCAACGGCAUGUCCGCCAAUGCCAAGAACGCGCUGUCGCGCCUCGCCAAGUUCAUGUCGAUCAGCCAAUGCAUUCAACCCACUGACAUGCAAACUGGCAACUACAAGAACGGUCGGUUCAGCUUUAGCACGGCUCUUAACCAGCCAAUUUAUCUCUACGCCAACGUCACUGGCUCCUUGACUGCCGCGGGCUUGGUUCACGUCUUCACUGGGACCGACCGCGGCACCGUCGACCCCACUACUUCCGCCAAGAAUGGACUCGUAGCGGGGAGUGACGCUGGGGGGCCGAAAGCAGUGGCGGAUGUGGCAGCCGCGUUUGGAAUGAGCAGCUCGAGCUUGAGUGGAUCCACUCAAGUGUUGGGCGACACCACGUCGUCGUCUGACAUGACCGCGAUUGUUGUGACCGACCCCGUGUUCCCCGCCACCAUGAGCUCGCUCACCAGCUCCGACCCCGUGCAACCAUAUGGCAAAGCGCGACACCCGCUUCUCACCUCACCCGCCGCGUGCCGAACCUUCUGCCCGCCUCUCGCGCUGCUCGUCUCACAAGCCAUUUCGCCAUUUCCCUCCCUGCUCCCCCCCGUUUUCCCCCUUGCUCCCUCUCUUUUCCCCCCGUGCUCCAUCUCAUUUCCCCCCUUUCUCCCUCUCAUUUCCCCCCUUGCUCCCGCUCAUAUCCCCCCCUUCUCCCGCUCAUUUUCCCCCCUUCUCCCUCUCAUUCCCCCCCUUCUCCCUCUCAUUUCCCCCACUUCUCCCUCGCACUUCUCCCCCUCAUUUUCCCCCCUUCUCCCGCUCAUUUUCCCCCCUUCUCCCUCUAGUUUCCCUCCCUUCCCCCUCUCAAAUCACCCCCUUCUCACUCUCAAAUCCCCCUUUUCUCCCUCUCAUCCCUUCCCUUACUUCUCCCCCUCAUUUUCCGCCCUGCUCCCUCUCAUUUCUCCCUCUUCUCCCCCACAUGUCCCCCCCUUCUCCCUCUCAUUUCCCUCCCUUCUCCCUCUCAUUUCCUCCCCUUCUCCCCCUCAUUUCCCGCCCUUCUCCCUCUCAUUUCCCCCCUUUCUCCCCCAAAUGUCCCCCCCUUCUCCCUCUCCUUUCCCCCCCCUCUCCCUCUCAUUACCCCCCUCCCCUUCUCCCCCUCAUUUCCCCCCCUUCUCGCUCUCAAAUCCCCAUUUUUUCCCUCUCAUCCCCCCCCUUCUCCCCCUCAUUUCCCCCCUUGCUCCCUCUCAUCCCCCCCCUCUUCUCCCCCUCACUUCCCCCCUUUCUCCCUCUCAUUUCUGCCCUUGCUCCAUCUUAUUUCCCCCCUUGCUCCCUCUCAGCCCCCCCCCCCUUCUCCCUCCCAUCUACCCCCGUUCUCGCCCUCAUUUCCCCCCCUUCUCCCUCUCUCAUUUCCCCCACUGCUCCCCUUCAUUUUGCCCCCUGCUCCUUCUCACUUCCACAUUUGCUCCCUCUCAUUUCCACCCUUGCCGCCUCUCACUUCCACCCUUGCUCCCUCUCAUUUUCCCUUUGCUCACCAUCAUUUCCCCCCCUGCACCCUCUCAUUUUCCCCCCUUCUCCCCCACAUGUCCCCCACUUUCUACCUCUCAGUUCACGUGUCCGGAUGCUGUGCAUGUUCACGACAUGCAGGAGGCACUGAAGCAGCAGCAGGAGGAGCAGGCGAGGAGGGAUGAGGAAGAGAGGCGGAGGGAGAGGGAGGAGGAGGAGGUGAGGAGGCUGCAGCGGCAGAUGGUGCAGAGGGCUAUACUCAUGCCCUUCUUUGGACCCCCGUUUCAAACCCCGCAGGUCUACCAAGCGGCCCACACUGUCUCGCUCCCAUCUGCUGCACACCAAUGCCAGGCAUGCAACAGCAGCAGGCAGCAUGUGCGGCAUCUCCUUGCUUAG